AUGGGACAGGAUACCAAAGACGCGGCCAAUGACUCCGGCAAGUCGCCGUCACCAUCGCCGUCCGCCCCGCAGCAUAGACGCGGCUAUCAGGCCUGCGAUCCGUGUCGCAAACGCAAGGUUAAGUGUGAUCUAGGCAGCGUCGAUAAUCCUCGUCCACCACCCUGCGUCCGAUGUCGACGUGAGAGUAAGCGAUGUGAAUUCUCGGCGACUCGUCGCAAGCGCAAAGCCUCCGAGGCGGCCGAGGAGGAUGCGGACGCAGCUGAAGUGCUUCGUCGCGACAAGCGCAUGAUGAUCGGAGAACCGGCUAUGGCUGAUAUUCCUGCGAAAAUCGAGCCAGCGCAUUUCCCUCAACCAGAAUUGUCGAUCGAAACGGAUGCAUUUCGAUCUCGCCAGAGAUGGCCCGAGGCUUCCCCCGCCACAACCACAGCCUCCCAGCGAUUUACGCCUCAUGCACAUGCACCGACCGCUUCUCCAUCAAGACCUUUCCUUGACUCUCGCCACCAGCGCUUGCCUUCCUUCCAAGCCAGCGAGCGAGCUGUGGCGCCUGCCUAUGGAGGCCCGCCCAUGAUGAACCGGACUGCCGUUGAAUUGCUGUCGCCGGCCAUCACAAAUACCCAUGACGCUCUUCAUCUGCUCUCCGAAGCCGCUGGUCGGACAGAGGAUCUCAAUCGCCAGAGCUUGGAGAAUCGUCAUGCGGCGAGACGAUCUAUGUCAUCUUUUAAUUCUGGCCCCUCCCCAUUGGCACAAGCAAAUUCUCCAGGUCCAGUGGGUGGAUCCUUUUCGAGGACACCGCGAUCUGGCAUGUCGGCCGGGGGCAAUGGUUAUUUUCCUCCUGGCACGAACCAAUCUGGGACGGUUGAGCCUCCGAUAGUAGAAGAAGGCGGGCCUCGAGAAGGUUCUCCAAAUCCCCAGGAUCCCGGCUUCGUUGAUGCCGUGCGUGCGUGGUCACGAUUACGAUUCGUCCGUGCGGGCUGGAUGACAGUGGAAGAAGGCAUGGACUAUGUGGCCUACUACUACGAAAAUCUCGCGCCUAUGAGUCCGGUGGUGACACCUGACUAUUCUCAGCCAUCCACACAUCGUACACUGCUCACGGAUGAACCUGUCCUGGCAGUCACCAUUCUGACCAUCGCAUCCAGGCAUCUGAAGCCAAAGGGUGAUGGCGCAAGUACUCGAGCGUUCUACAUUCAUGAUCGUCUAUGGUCUUACCUGCGUGGCAUGAUAGAGCGUCUCUUUUGGGGCCAAGAAAAGUUUGACGCUCAGGGCGGUCGCCCUGGGUCUUUUGGUCUCGCUUCGGGGGGAAGCGGCCCAACGUCCAAGGGAAACCUCCGGGCGCUGGGGACUGUGGAAGCACUUUUGAUACUGACGGACUGGCACCCUCGGAAUUUACAUUUCCCGCCCGGUGACGAUGAGAACACGCUUCUAGACAGAGAGGCCCAGUCACAAAAUCGGCUCGAUAAGGAUUUCGAUCACGAGGGUGAUCAUGCAGGAAACAGAGGAUCGGCCGCCGAGGGGCGAGUUGCGUUCCAGAAGUGGCUUGAGCCUGCUUGGCGGUCGGACCGAAUGUCGUGGAUGCUCCUCAGCACGGCGCAGGCUUUGGCAUUUGAACUGGGCGUUUUCGACCACAAGAGUGACUCCAAAGGUGCACCGGAACCUCCUUCUGAGCAAGCCCGAAAGCGACGACUGCGAAGAUUGAUCCUCGUCUUUACCACGCAUAGCAGUGGAAGACUCGGCAUUCCGUCGAUGCUUCCUCUCACGGAAUGGGCAAGAGACAUCCCAGAGGCUCCGGCGGAGCUGAAGGAAGUUGACCGAGACCUCAAUCAGAUGCAAGAUUGCUGGAUGGGUAUCUCCAAGAUAGUCUACCAAGCGAACAAUCAACUAUUUUCCUCUAGUGAGCAGACGUCGGAGCUCAUCAGGAGCGGAAGAUACCGAGAACAGAUCGACUGGUUCCAGCCUCAGUUGCGAGAUUUCCGACUCAAUCUGGAUCGCGUCAACUUGUCCGCACCCAUGCGAUGUAUUUUGAUUAUUGAAUACGAGUAUACCCGGUUAUACGUCAAUUCGCUCGCCCUUCAGGCAGUCGUUGACCGAUGGACCACCAUGUCCAACGAAUCCUCUGUGCAAGCACAGCCUGGGCGACCAGGGCCGUCUGCAGGAAGCAAUGGAUGGUUCCGCACUUUGAUGGAGCUUUACCGUGUAAAUGAACCAUAUAUUCAAGAAGUUGUCGACGCUUCCCGGAAAAUCCUUCAGACGGUCCUGGAAGGUUUAGUCCCGGGCGGACGUCUGAAGCAUGCCCCCAUUCGCACGUUCUUUCGCAUUCUUUCCGGCAUGAUUUUCAUUCUGAAAACCUUCACGCUCGGCGCUCGAGAAGAUGACGUACGAGUCUCUCUAGACCUGCAGGACCGUACAGUUGAAGCCUUACGAACCUUUGUCGUCGAUGAUGUACACAUCAGUAAUACCGUGGCCCGUCUCCUGGAGCUUCUUACCAGUAGCAUCCGUACGCGAUUCUUGCGAUUCGCACCGCACGACCGCGGGGUCGACGGCGAUGGACAUGCCUCGGCUCCCGUUUCCCGCGCCCAGUCACCACCCCGCGACAGCAUCUUGGCUCGUCGCGAUGGGCUUCAGACGCCCUGGUCAUCCGCCAGUGACGCCCCCUCGGGAUCUGGCGUAGGAGCUUUCGCAGACAGCAAUGGGGCUGGUGGCACAUCAUCGGCGCCACUAGGGUCAACGCACGACCCGCUGGCGAGCAUCCCUGCGCAACCGAUCAAUUCGUCCAACUUGAACGUUUCGUUUAUGCCCCCACCGCCGUCCGUAUACUACAACUAUUAUGACUCGAAUUCGGGCCUCUCUGCAAACGAUCUCGAGCGACCAUCUCCCAAUCAUGUCGUCUCCUCGCAGUCCGUCGGAGAAAACAACGGGACGAGCACAUCCUCCGGUGCCUUUCCCGAUUGGUUUGCGCUACCUCUUGAUCAAUUCUUCAAUAGCUCUAGCGGAGUGGUGGAUCAGGGGCUAGGAGGCACCGGUCCGAUGUUAGGCGAGUUUGACAUGCUGGAAGUGCUUUUGAAUGAAGGGUAUGAUGGACACGGUAACGGCGAUAAUGACUCUGGGGCCGCUCAACCGCAUUUCAUGGGCUGA